GAGGGGCGAGCGCGGCCCCGGCCGCUGCGCCGCCCGCCGGCUGAGGUGGAGGGCGACUGCCGGCGAGGCGCCCCGGGAAGGCGGCCCCAGCGGGGAGCCCAGCCCCAGCCCCAGCCCCGCCGGCGGCCGCGGCUCCCCGCCGGCAGCCGCCCCACAGCUCCGCCGGCUCCGUAACGCCCGGAAAUGGCAGCGCCGACGGGGGAGCGCCGCUUCCCCCGCGCAGACAUGAGCGGGCUCGGGGCGGCCGCGGAGCCGCCGGGCAGCAGCGAGGUCUUUCUCCCCGAGGAGACGCGCGGCGCCACACCUGUGAGCUUCCUGCAGGAGCUGCCCAGCUACCAGUCGGCGCUGAGGUGCCGCGGGGCCGCCGGGGGCACCCAGGAGCGGCGGGCGGCUGCGCGGGGCUCCGCGGGGCUCCGCGCUGCACAGGCCCUGGGGCUGGAGCAAGAGGGAGGCGAACUGACUACUCGCCCUAUAAGAGAACACCCCGUGUGUAUCGCGGAGAAGAGGAGAUUAAGGGACUGUCAGCAGGCUGAUAUAACAUAUUUAUCUGGAUGGAAGCAGUGGAGAAGAGCUAGCAGAAAAUCAUUGAAAAAAGUCCUCAAUGAAGUCAAGGACUUGUUAUCUUAUCUGGAGCUUUGGCGACAUGAUAUUCACAGCAUAGAAGGGAAAUUUGGUACUGGCAUCCAGUCCUACUUCUCCUUCCUGCGUUUUCUGGUUCUGCUGAAUUUUCUAAUUUUUAUCCUGAUGUUCAGUUUUGUUACCCUUCCCAGCAUCAUUUCUAAAUAUGGAAUGUUCAACAGUAGCUUUGCUAAAAUUCCUCCACAGAACAUAGAGCCUCACUGCACAGUUUAUAUACCUAGUGGUAAUAAGGGACUUGUUUACUUCUAUACUUACCUCAAAGAUUUGCUCAGUGGCACUGGGUUCCUUGAAGUGACAAGUUUGUUUUAUGGCUAUUACACAAUAGAUGCUGUAUGGCUCGGUGUCUUGAAGUACGACUUGUCACUAGCAUAUCUGCUGUCUACAUUCGCCUACCUUGCAUUAAGUCUCCUCUGGAUAAUAACAAGGUCUGGAAAAGGAUUUAGGCAGAACUUGGUGCAUGGCAGUGAUCAAUUUCAGAGUUACUGUAAUAAAGUCUUUGCAGGCUGGGACUUCGGCAUUACAGAUCCAAAUGCAGCACAGCUAAAACAUCGCAGCUUGCAGUAUGAGCUCCAGACAGACUUGGAGGAAGAAAGACUGAGGCGAAAAAUAGCUGACAGGACAAUGAAAGAAAAGCUACGCAUCUACUCUCUGAGGAUAUUUAUAAAUAUAAUUGUCAUUGCAGUUUUAUCAGGAUGUUUUUACUCUAUUUAUAGAGCAACUGUCUUCUCUCAAGAAAACUCCAAUGAGGUCAACAAUAUGAACUUCCAGGCUAAUCUCUUAGUGCAGUAUUUGCCUUCCAUGGUGAUCACAUUGGCCAACUUCAUUGCUCCUCAGAUCUUCUCAUUUCUGAUCAGAUUUGAAGAUUAUUCACCAGCCUUUGAAAUCAGGCUGACACUCAUGAGGUGUGUCUUUGUGCGAUUGGCCAAUAUCGGUGUUCUCUUGUUCUCACUGUGGAGUCAGAUCUCCUACUGUGCCACCGACAUGUGUAAGGCUUGUGGAUACAAUUACGAACUCUAUCCUUGCUGGGAAUCUGAAGUUGGGCAAGAAAUGUAUAAACUGAUGAUAUUUGAUUUUAUUAUAAUUCUUGCCGUGACUGUGUUUGUGGACUUUCCUAGAAAGCUUUUGGUUACUCAUUGCUCUUGCAAGCCAGUUCAGUGGUGUGGAUUGCAGGAAUUUGGAAUUUCUGACAAUGUCCUGGAAAUCAUUUAUGGGCAGACUAUCUGCUGGAUUGGAACCUUCUUUUCACCACUUCUCCCUGCAGUAGCAACUAUAAAAUACUUCAUCAUCUUUUACAUUAAAAAGAUCAGUUUGAUACACACAUGUAAACCUGCAGCUAGGCCUAUCAGAGCAUCAAGUUCCAAUUUUUUCUUCUUGGUGGUGCUGUUGAUUGGGCUCGUCUUGGCUUUUAUUCCUUUGGGAAUCAGCAUAGCACAUAUCCCCUCCUCCAAGGCAUGUGGGCCAUUCAGGAGUUUUAACACUUCAUGGGCAGUUGUUCCAGCUACAAUACUUGAGUUUCCGACAGGUCUGCAGCAGGUCCUUUAUGUCAUAGCAUCAGAAGCCUUUGCAGUGCCUUUUUUUAUGGUCAUUUGCCUCAUCAUGUUGUAUUUUAUUGCCUUGGCUAGAGCACACAAACAAGUGGUUGAGCAGCUGAGGGAACAACUGGUUACGGUGGGUUGUGACAAGUUGUUCCUAAUUAAAAAGAUAACAGAAGCUCAGAGACAUCCUUGAAAACCAUGAAAAGCCACAAGAGCUUGACUUCCUGAAACUUGCAGAACCACUAGAUAAAGAGCAGAAGCAUAUGCAGCACCUAAAAACUGAGCACCCUGGCACUGUGGUCCGUGUAAUGGAUGUUAUGAUCUUAGUCUUGUGUAUGCUAGUGGGCCUCAAAGUUUCCAAGACUGGAAAUUUGGUUAAUUUAUACUGUUAGACCUGUUCAAAAAUUUAUAUGGUAGGAUGCUGCACUGCUGCUGCAAUUUCAGGGUUGUAGGAGUUUAGGUCCCUGUUUUUUCAGGGAUUUGGGGUAAAAUAUGAUCAGAACUGAAACUCUGUUUAAAGACUUUGUACUGUUUUUACAAAUUACGCUUUAAGAAUCGGGAGGGAGGCGAAAAGGUGUGGUUUUACAUGUUUCCAACUCACUUCUCUUUCAAAACCAAACCAAGAGAGAUAUAUGUCAGUAUUUAGAAAUAGUACAUAGGAGAGGAAAAUAUGGCAUGGGUUUGAAAUCAGUUUUCUAAAUAUUUUUAGAGAAGGUACUUUGAUGUUUAUUUUGCUGUGAAAUAUCAAGUGCAGUUGAACACUGCAUAACUUCACAAAAUGGCUGAGUAAACAAGCUGAUAAAAAGAGUUCUGAAUAAACACUGGGAAUAGGAAGAGACCACCAGUCAGGUCACUGAACGGUGUACAUCUGUUGCAGGGAAAGCUAUUGCCUGGGUAUCGACCUCACUACUGUGCAGUAGCCUUUUUUUCCUUUUUUUAAAUGUUAGGGCAUUACUUGUGUUUUAUUCUUGUACAGACACCUUGACUACUGUUCUCUUUGUUCUAAAAUGUGAAUAUUUGAGAGUUAUAGUUUGGAAAUACAGCAUUCUGAAACCCUUUAAUUUUGUUUCUUCUCGCUUAAAUGAAAUGAUGGAGCUGUGUGACUGAGAGGGAACAGUAAUUCUAAGUAGACAGUAUACUGUUUCCUUUAUUUAAAGGUUGUGCUUAAGGAUUUUCUGUACAGAAUGGUGUUUAUUACUUGAAAUUUUCCAGUAGCAUACUGCUAGUUAAUUGUAUGAGACACUAUUCUUUUUAUAUAACGUUUUGGAAUCCUUUCUGGUUUUAUUUUAAAUAAAUGAGCGUUCACUAAA